AUGUCCAUCAGAGCGCCGACCUGCGGCGCUGGCGGCAACGGCGUCGCAAGUGGGCAGACAGAGAGUUCAUCGGUGACUCAAGACGGCGGUGGCAGUUACGUUUUCGUGACGACUGAGAAUGGUGAACUACGGGGCACCGUGACCACCUCGCUGAAUGGGACGGUCUACAGCAGGCUUCUCGGCAUCCCGUACGCCACACCCCCUCUGGGGGAUCUCAGGUUCCGCGCGCCGCAGCCGGCGGCCAACUGGUCGGGCACCCGCGACGCGAUGACGAUGAGCGCCGCGUGCCCGCAGAGCGGCCUCGGCUCGGAGGACUGCCUCUACCUGAACGUGUACUUCCCCGUGUCCCACGACUCGCCGCUGCCCGUCAUGUUCUACAUCUACGGCGGUGCCUUCACCACGGGCAGCGCCACCGGCAAGGCGCCGGACUACUUCAUGGACAAGGGCGUCAUGCUGGUCACUUUCAACUACCGCGUCGGCUCCAUAGGAUUCCUGAGCCUGCAGAACGACGACAUCCCUGGCAAUGCGGGCCUCAAGGACCAAGUCAUGGCCCUGCAAUGGGUGCAACGCAACAUUGCUGCCUUCGGCGGCGACCCUGACAAGGUCACUGUUUUUGGGGAGAGCGCAGGUGGAGCCUCCACGUCACACAUGCUCCUCUCGCCGGCUGCCAAAGGCCUGUUCAGCGGGGUGAUCAUCGAGAGCGGCCAGGCGUCCGCCAACUGGACGGUGGAGCCGGUGCCUCGAGAGAAGGCGUACCGCCUGGCGGCUGCGCUCGGUUUCCAGACCGGCAACCUCACAGCAGCAGAAGAGGACGAACGCCUCGCUGCCUUCCUAAGGACAGCCAACCACGAAGACCUCACCGUCGACGACUCGCGUGCCCUCUCUGAUUUCGAAAAACGACGUCUCAGCCCCGUGGCGUGGCAACCCGUUAUUGAGCCACCGUCAGCGUCGGCAGUGGUUACUGAGUCACCGAUCAGCAUUCUCAUGGAGGGCCGCUACAACCAAGUCCCCGUCAUGACCGGCGUCACAUCCGCUGACGGGUCCGUCUUUGUUGCCAUGUCUGGAGUGAUGCAGAGCGAGUCUGUGGCGGCAGAUCUCAACGAAAACUUCACGUCCCUGGUGGGUUCUCUGCUGCCGAGGCCAACGAGGGAAGAGCAGGAGGCGGCGGCGCAGCAGCUGGAGGACUUCUACUUUGGGGACCAAGGAUUCACACAGCAACAGCCGCAGGCCGUAUAUGAUGUCUGUAUCAACAUUUAA